UUUUUUCAGUCUGGAUUUUAUGGAAGCGAUAGUCUACGAGUGCUUGUGGAGAGAUUUUUGGUCGAGUAUUUUAAGCUUUAUGAUGGCGAAGAAGGAAAUGUUACUAGGAAGAACCUUGUGCAAGCCUAUGACCAAGACAAUUCAUCGUUCACAUUGACAAUUGCUCAUCUGAAAGAUAUGUCGCAUGACGGACCUGUUCGUUAUCCAAAUGAUGCUUGCUACAAUCUCUACAUUCGAUCAUCUCAUAACGUCUUAUGUGAAGAACGAUGGCAACGGAAUCGAAGUACUAGGACAUAUCGUGGUGCGAUGGAUAUCGCCGUAGCUCUGUCGAAACUACCGAUCACAAACCAUUAUACAGAAUCCUUCAUAGUUGACACGCACUUAAUAUCGGAAGAACUCUUGGCGUUCACCGUACAGGGAUUGUUUGAGGACGGUAAAUUUGCCAAACCUGGAGAAGUACCACAACUGAGCUUCUUUUCGAGAUCGUCAAUAGCGGUCAUCUCUGACAUGCUGUACAUUACAGGAAUCACACCAGCUCGUGUGGCACGUUAUAAACUUAUGCUCAAUAAGGCCGCAUCAAAUGGAGCUGCGCAAGUACCAUCUGUACCAGUUGUCCCAAUUAAUCCAGUUGCACAAGCUACUAAUUCCAUUAGCGGUUUGCAAAUGUCAAGUCAACCGUCCGCUGAAGUGAAGAAGCAAAUGGUUGAGCAGUUUUGCAAGGACAGCGGAAUGCUCCCGUCAUGGUCAGAAAAAUGCUUGUCCGAUUUUGAUUGGAACUAUGAGGCCGCUGGUCAAGCGUUUGUCGCUAAUAAGGAUAGUCGCAGCAAAGGCAUUGGUGUACUUUCAAGUUCAGCUCUGAUUAACACAUCUACCGUAGAUUCAAGCGCACAAGCAGCAUUCCCACCUGUAUCGACCCUGCUCCGUCUAAUCAUGGAUCGGGUAGAUCGACCUGGUUCGCGGCGCUUUUUACUAUCAGCUACAACCAAAGUCGCAGUACCUGCGGCUUUCCGGCAGCUCCCUACUGCCGUCUGCCUAAGGAACCAGUGA